AAACUACCGCAGAAGCGCCAUUCGCUAUUAUUGUAAUCAGGCACAGUAACAGUGUUACGCAAUGCACCAUGGAAGUGGAUCACAGAAUAUGCAACGUCAAAUUCAGAGAUCCAAGUCUGUCAGUGGGUCUGAAGCAGAGGAGCCACAGCAGCCGGCCAUGGCAGUUACUCAGCAGCAAGCUACAGUCAACCACCCUCAAUCCCCUGUGACCACCUUCACCUCUGCAGCCAGCCCCUCAGCCCCCCAGUCCCCCAAUUAUCAGAUAAUCAUGAGUCGCAGCCCUGUCACAGGACAAAACGUGAACAUCACCUUACAGAAUGUAGGUCAAAUGGUAACCGGUAACCAACAGAUCACCCUAACCCCACUCCCUCUCCAGAACCCAGGUUCUCCUGGCUUCCAGCAUACUGCUCCCCAGUGGAGGUUUGAGCAUGCUCCAUCCUCCUACAUUCAGGUCACUUCACCUGUACCCCAGCCUAUGCAGCCCCAGAGCCCCACCCAACACAGCCCAGCCCCCCUGCAGGGAGUGACAAGACCAGGGGCCCCUGCAACAGCGUUGGGAGUGUGUGGCCAAAGCCCAACAAGAUUUGUUGAGGCUGGCAUGUUGGUGCGGCAAAUCAGUUUAGGCAGUCCAUCCGGAACUGGCCACUUUGUUUACCAAGAGGGAACUGGGCUGGCACAGAUCACUUCAGCCACACCUGGCCAGGUACAGCUGGUGUCCCCAGGAGCACCAGGCUCUGUUAGGGAACGCCGGCUAUCCCAGCCUCACUCACAAACUGGAGGAACUAUCCAUCAUCUGGGACCUCAAAGCCCUGUAGCCACUGGUGCUGCCCUUCCCACUCUGAGCAGCCCUGGUCACAUCACCACCUCCAAUCUACCUCCCCAGAUCAGUAGUAUCAUUCAAGGACAGUUGGCACGUCCCAUGAUAUUUGAAAAGAACCCACAAGGGGUGGUGGCUGGAGUAGGAACAGCAGUCACAGCGUCAUUCAGUAUGCCCUCCUCCAUUCCACCGUCUAGCCCAUCCCUCACUAAUUCCCCACAAGGGAUCCCCAAUGCCCCUCUCACGCCUAACAGUAUGGCAGUUGGCACAAUUAAGAAGCAGACACCCAAGAAGUUGGAAGAAAUUGCUCCCUCCAACCCAGAAGUUGCUCAGCUGAGAAAGCAGUGCUUGGAACACCAUAUCAAGAAGAUGGAGGGUCUGAAAGAGGUCUUUAAGGAUUACCUGAUUGAGCUCUUCUUUCUCCAGCACCUCCAGGGGAACAUGAUGGACUACUUGGCUUUUAAGAAGAAACCUUGUGUUCCACUGUACACUUACUUAAGACAGAACGACUUGGACCUUGAAGAUGAAGAAGAGGAGGAAGAACAGUCUGAGGUCAUUAAUGAUGAGGUGAAGGUUGUCACUGGAAAGGAUGGCCAGGCAGUGACGCCGGUUGCUAUAGCAACACAGCUUCCUCCUAAUGUCUCCGCAGCAUUUUCUGCUCCACAACAGUUUCAGGGUCACCCAGGGGCUGCUGCUGGAACCAUUUCAAAUCCAGGAGACAUGGAUGCCUUUAAGAGGCAACAGGCUAUGGUACAAGCAGGUGGAAUGCCGCCAACCCCCCAAGCAGUCCAGAUAGCAGGACAAAAGCAGAACCAGCAACAGUAUGACCCAUCUAAAGGCCCUCCGGUCCAGAAUGCUGCCAGCCUGCACACCCCUCCCCCUCAGCUGCCAGGCAGGCUCCCCCAGGGUACCAUCCCCAUGGCGGGCCUGCCCAUGGCUCUCUCUCAACAGCCCCAGCUAGUGGAGAGUACAGCCCAACCUAGUGGUCAGCUACAGGCCCAGGUGAAGGUCCAGGCAACUGGCCCCAUUCUGGCACCAGUCAACCCCCACACUCAGCUCCAGGCCCAACUCCAGCAGCAGAUGCAGCCUGGCAUUCACCUCCAGAUCCAGGCUCAGCCGCAACAACAACAGUCACAGGCGAUGCUACAAUCGGGACAAGCGACGGUGGCCCUCACUCGCCCUGGUACAGAGUCUAACCAACCUGUUCAGAGGAUGAUGACCAACUCCUUAUCCAUAUCCUCCAUGUCCCCUGUCCCCCUCUCUGCUCCCAACUCUGUUCCGUCCCCACAUACUGCAAGCCCUCUUCGUCCUCAGGGCUCCAAUAUCAACCCAAGCACCACGUCUAAAUUGGUUGGAACCAAUGGCACCUCCUCUGUCAAAAUUGGGGGCCAUGGCCAGAACUCGGCUAUGCAGUCCUCACAAGAGGGCUCGCAGGAUAAGCAGGUUGAGCAAGCUAAAUUGGAAAGCCAGGUACAUCAACGUAUCUCUGAGCUGAGGAAAGAGGGGCAGUGGUCAGCCAGCAGGCUUCCCAAGCUCAUGGAGGCCUCACGACCAAAGUCUCACUGGGACUACCUCCUAGAGGAGAUGCAGUGGAUGGCAGCUGACUUUGCCCAGGAGAGGAGGUGGAAAGAGGCUGCUGCCAAAAAGCUUGUUCGCACCUGUUCUCGCUACCAUGAGGAGCAGAAGAAAAGUCAAGAGAUGUCCAGGAAAGAGGAGGAACUGCGUCUUCGUCACAUUGCCAGCACGAUGGCCCGGGAGGUGGAAUUCUUCUGGUCCAACAUUGAGCAGGUUGUGGAGAUUAAACUAAAGUUUGAAAUCUAUCAGAAGGGGGUUAAAGUGCUCUGCCUAAAAAAAGCCUCACGUAAAGGAUCUACUCAGUUGACGGGGGAGAAAGCUGUCAAAGAGGAGCCAACAACUUCUGCAAGAAAAAGAAAAUCCAGUUCUUCUCUGGUUGAUGAAGAAGUCCUAGAUGAGGAAAGCACCAUAGUGGAACAGGAGGCCAUGGAGGAAGAAGCAGACCACAAGGCAGAGUUGGCUGACCUUGCCAAAGAUGCUGAGGUGCCGCUGGAUGCUCUAGUGAAACAAUAUGCUGGUGCCUAUGCUGACAACUUUGAGUGGCCCCAACCCAGUCCACAGAGUGAUGAGGAUGGCAUGCAGGAAGAUGAAGUGAUGAAAUGUCCUGAGGGUAGUCCCCAUGAGGCGGUAGCUAUUGACUCUCUACUGAGUGUGGAUCAGUACCGAGGGCCUGACAAGGCAAGCUCCACUGACAAUGAUUGCAAGCUCACCAGAGACAUAGCUGAAGUGGCAGCUGCCACAGAGCUCAUUCUCCCUAAGGGCAGUGCCAGGACCACCUCUUCUACCCGCAGCCCGACUCCAUUUCUGCUGCAUGGUUCACUUCGAGAGUAUCAGCAAAUUGGUGUGGACUGGCUGGCAAACCUCCACAAGAAACACCUCAAUGGCAUCCUAGCGGAUGAAACGGGCUUGGGCAAGACCAUCCAAACUGUGGCUUACAUGGCCCACUUGGCUGGUCAAGAGGGGAUCUGGGGACCCCACCUUAUAGUGGUGAGGACGUGCAAGUUACUGAAUUGGGAGUUAGAGUUCAAGCGCUGGUGUCCUGGCCUCAAGAUCCUCCUUUACCUUGGGAACAGACGGGAGCGCAGAUCAAAAAGAAUGUGCUGGAAGGAAGCGAACAGCUUCCAUGUGUGUGUGACCUCCUACAAACUGUUGCUUAAGGACCAGAGCCACUUCGUGAGGAGAAGGUGGCGGCACCUAGUCCUUGAUGAGGUGCAGCACAUUAAAAACAUGACAGAGAAACAUUGGGAAAUCAUCUUUGCUCUGAAAAGUGAGCAGAGGAUCCUCCUCCUCAGCUCUCCUCUCCAGAAUACUCUGAAGGAACUAUGGACCAUGAUUCACUUCCUCCUACCAGGAAUCACCAGGCCCUACUCAGACUUCCCUGUCAAGGCAGGCACUGACCAGAAUCAGGACUACUGCCACAAACUGGUCAUCCGCCUGCACAGGAUGAUCCAGCCCUUCAUCUUGAGGCGUUCCAAAAGGGAUGUAGAGAAGCAGCUCCCCAAGAAGUAUGAGCACAUUCUCAAAUGCCGCCUGUCCAGCAGACAGAAGAACCUUUAUGAGGACAUCCUCACUCAACCAGGAGCCCAGGAGGCUUUAAAGACGGGCCACUUUGUUAGUGUGCUUCAGGUCCUAAUGCAGCUGCAGCGGGUAUGUAAUCACCCAGACCUGGUAGUCUCCAGAGACAUGGGCAGCUCGUACUUCUGUUCUUCCCUGCAGUAUAACACCCCAUCGCUGGUGUUGGAAGCACUGCAGAAUGACCCUUGGAAGAUGGCAGACCUGUCGAUAUUCGACCUGAUAAGCAAUGAAAACAGACUGACUCGCUAUCAGACUGAAGAGGCUGUUCCAAAACUGAAGAUCACAGAGAAGCUCAUUGAGGAGAUCCACAGUGCUCCAGAUCCACCUCCGCGGCCCAAGCCAUGCAAGAUUAAGCCAAUGAGAUUGUUUCAGCCAGUGCAGUAUGGCACAAAGCCAGAAGGGCGCCUGGUUGCCAUUACCAGUUGUGCAGGCCAGCGUCUUCCAACCACCACUCCCAUUACUACAACUGCUGCUGCCACUAUCAGCCAACCAUCCCAAACCAGAGGCAAGUCCCCUGUCACCACUACAACUACUACAGCCACUACUCAAGCAGUCGGAACAGCUACUCAGAGAGCCCAGACUACCUCUUCUGUCAGCAGCAACACUGCCGCCUCUUCUGUAGCCUCCUCUGGGACCAGCGGCGUCGGGCAGCAUGUGUUGGGGACUACCCCUGUGGCCCUAAACCAGGCUUUGGCUGGCACUGUUGUGGGCUCUAUGACUCCCAUCAACCAGCCUGGCAUAGCACAGGUCCCCAGGCCAGCUGUAGCCCCCAGCCAUGCCAUCCAGCCCAGCUUACUGUCCCAGAGGCUGGUUCUUACAUCCCAGGCCCAGGCACGGUUGCCUAGUGGAGAUGUGGUCAAGAUUGCCCAGCUGGCCAACAUAGCAGGCAGUCAGAACCGUAUCUCCCAGCCCGAGACCCCUGUCACUCUACAGUUCCAGGGGAACAAGUUCACAUUGUCACCCAGCCAGCUUCGACAGCUUACCACUGGACAGCCUUUGCAGCUCCAAGGCAACAUCCUGCAGAUCGUGUCGGCUCCGGGCCAGCAGAUCCUCAGGCCUCAGGGCUCCGUGGUUAUGCAGACCAUGCCACAACCAGUCUCGGUCUCUGGCUCCUCAGCUAUACCUGGCACACCUCAGCCUGCCACCUCCUCAACACAACAAAAUGUGGGUUUAACAACAAAUGCCUCAGCAACUCCCACCAAGCCCACUGUUGCAGCUGCUGUUGCUUCUCAGGAGUCUUCAGAAGAGAAGACUCAUCAGGUUAAAGAACGUCUGGGUCGUUUGUUUAAGGCCAACGAGCGACGCUGUAGCCGCAGUAUGCUUUAUGGGUCAGAUCUACUGCAGGCCUGCAUUGUUAGCUUAGAGCCCAGCCACUCUGCUCUCACUGCUGGAGGAUGGAAAUGGGUGGGCCGGGAAAGCUGUUUGAGGGCCAAAACGACCUGUGUAGCCACCACAUCUCACUUAGACUCAGCCCUGCUCUCUACGAAUGAGCGUCUGGAGGCAGGCAACAGGCUUGUCAAGAGGUUGUCGUGUGUGGUGCCAGCUGUUGUAGCCCCGCUUCCCCACCUGUAUGCAGCCAAUCCCCCAGCUCCUUACAGCCUAGAGCAGAAGGCUUUCAGCUGUAGGCUCCAGCAGGCGGCUGCCGCUCACAGUGUUGAUAUCCACUGCCUGGCAUCAAGGCGCCUCUUUCUCUUCCCUGACUUGCAGCUAAUGCAGAUGGACUCAGGUAAAUUGGAGGCCCUCGCCAUUCUGCUCCAGAAGCUGAAGUCAGACAGUCGCCGUGUCCUUAUUUUCACCCAGAUGGUAAAGAUGCUGGACAUCCUGGAAGCCUUCCUAGAUCACAGGCAGCUAACCUACGUGCGGGUGGAUGAAAGCCUUACUGCUGAGGAACGACAGGAGACUAUGAAGAGAUUUAACAGGAACAAGCAGAUAUUCUGCAGCAUCCUGACCAACCGCUGCUGUUCCACAGUGGGGACUGUCUUUGACGCAGACACCAUAAUCUUCUAUGACACAGACCUCAACCCUAGCAUGGAUGUCCGCACCCAAGAAUGGUGCGAUAAAAUCGGUCGCUCCAAGGAUAUACACAUAUACAGGCUGGAGAGUGGAAACUCCAUUGAAGAGAAGCUACUGAAGAAUGGCACCAAGGACCUGAUCAGAGAGGUGGCCGCCCAGGGCACUGACUACACCUUGGCUUUUCUUACACAACGAACAAUCCAGGACCUUUUUGAAGUGGAAGCAGGCUCAGGAGAGAAGGUUGAGGAGUUUGUGGUGCUUCAUCAAGAGCCAUCUCCCUCCGAGGCCAUUUCUCCCCGUGUGGCUAGACCCUACAUCCAGGCCCUCCACAGCAUCAACCUGGAUACCAUAUCAGAGGAAGAGAAACGGCAGCAGGAGCAAGAGGAAGAGGAGAGCAGCAUAGUAACAGAGGAAGGUUUGGAGAAGGAGGUACAGGCCAAAGAAGAGCCUGCUCAGAUAGAGGAGCUCAAUGCAGUCAUGGACCAGCUGACACCAAUUGAGAGGUAUGCUUUACACUACCUUGAGUACCUUCACGUUAGUGACGACGAAACCAUUAUCAAGGAACGAAUGGAGUGUGCCAAGAGACGCUGGGAACUGCAGCAGCUCCAGAAGCUGAAGAUCGAGGAGGAGGAGAGGCUGAUGCUGGAGGGAGACGAGGAGCUCUUCACCUACACCAGAGAAGAUGCCUACAACAUGGAGUAUGUAUUUCAAGCAGAGGACGGCCACACUGAAAUCAUGCCGCUAUGGACUCCGCCCACACCACCACAGGAUGACAAUGACAUCUACAUUGACUCGGUCAUGUGUCUAAUGUAUGACACCACACCCAUGCCAGAGUCCAAGCUGCCCCCCAUCUAUGUCCGCAAGGAGCACAAGAGACUCAAGAUGGACCCUUCAGCAGCAGCCAGAAAGAAAAAGAAGGGCCAUGGUGAGACAGUUAUUCCUCCACGCUCCCUCUUUGAAAAGGCCAGCAUGCUCAAAGUUCGCCGUGAGGGCAAGGACCAGAAAAAGAACUUUUCCCUCAAGCAGCAGGCUCCCUUUGCCAAGCCUCUACCCUCACUGGUUAAGCCUGCCAUGGAGGCUGGCCAGGAUAACCCAGAAUGGCUCAUCAGUGAGGACUGGGCUCUACUUCAGGCUGUAAAGCAGCUGCUGGAGCUGCCUCUGAACUUGACUAUUGUGUCUCCGGCCCACACCCCAAACUGGGACCUGGUAAGCGAUGUCGUCAACUCGUGCAGCCGUAUCUACCGCUCGCCCAAACAGUGUCGCAAUCGCUACGAGAACGUCAUCAUUCCCAGAGAAGAGGGCAAGUUGAUGUAUGAGGCCAACCCCAAGAAGAAAACCAAGAGCAUAUACAAGUCUAAGAACAGCCGUCCUCUUCGGACGUGUCAGAUCUACACCCAGGAUGACAACGCCACUCACAUUCAACUCUACAACAGCCGGUUUGAACUCAUGAAGAUUAUCGCUAGCAAGAGGAGUCCACCCAUCAAACCUCUGCUGGGAAUGAACCCCUUCCAGAAGAAUCCCAAGCAUGCCUCAGUCCUUGCAGAAAGUGGGAUCAGUUACGACAAGCCCCUUCCUCCCAUUCAGGUGGCAUCUCAACGUGCUGAGAGGAUCGCCAAGGAGAAGAAGGCCCUGGCAGAACAACAGAGAGCUCAGCAGUUAGCCCAACAGCAGCAAGCUGGAGCCCCCCAGGCCCAGGCCGCCCCUGGCCAGGCCCAGAAUCCUGCUGCAGGCCAGGCUCAGGCAUCAGGGGUUCCUCAGGCCGCUGCAGUGACUGGGGCCACUACUGUGCCAAAUGCAGCUGUCCUGGCUGGAGCCAUAAAAAAUGCCACUGUGGGCACAACCAUCCAGGCUGCCACCGUAGGAGGAAAUGUGAUUGUGAACACAGUAGCUGGAGUUCCUCCAAGUCCCUUCCAGGCCAACAAACGCCUGGCAUCUCCAGUCAUACCAGGCACCCUGUCUCCCGCUGGGGCACAGGUGGUCCAUGCACAACAGAGGGCAGUUCCUGCUGCUGCUGCCCCAGCUGAGGUGGUCGCUAUAGCAACAGGUCAGGGUGUCCGAGCAGUUACCCCAGUGACUGCAUCUGCAGUGGUCUCCACCACCCUGAGCGCAGUGCAGUCACAGACUCGCUCAUUAGUCACUCAGGUCACACCAGCCACAGGUAUGCAGCUGCCCCAAGGCAAGCCUCUCACCCCGGCCCAUCUUCAGAUGCUACGCCAACAGCAGCUCCACCAGCAGCAGCAGGCUGCCUCACCCCAGAUCAAAGCUGUGGGCAAACCCCAGGAGCUGUUGAAGAUGCACAAGCAGAAGCUCCAGUUGGCCCAACAGCAGCAGGGUGUGGUGGCAGCAGCUCAGGGCCAACAGGCAGCAGGGGCUCAGCAGGCUGCACAAGUACAGCCAGCACAAGCAACCCAGGCCAAUCCCCAGCUGACAACUGUUACAACAGCCAGAUCCGGGGCUGUGCUGACUGGUACCACUGUGACCAACCUGCAGGUUACCAGACUGACACGAGUACCCACCCAGGGACAGAUCCAGGCCCAGGCAGCGCAGACAGCCCAGGUGACCCUCACAAAGCCUCCUGUAGUCUCUGUGCCAGCUGUGGUGUCAUCCGCUGGGGUCACCACCCUGCCAGUCUCUAUUCCAGGCAUCAGUGUGGCUAUAGGCCAACCCCAGAAAACAGUGACAGGUGGACCUGUGCUGACCCCACCCUUCCCCCAGAUGCAGGUCCAGCAGCUCCUUCAGAUGAAGAAGCAGCAACAGGCUGCAGCCGCAGUCCAGCAGAAAGCAGGACAGUCCCAACAAGGACAGGCUACCGUCCAGCAGAAAAUUGGCACCCAGCAGGUGACAGUGCAGGCAGCCCAGCCAGCCCAGCAGCAACAACAGAAGGUGACCUAUGCCGCCACUACCCAGCUUCAACCGGGCAUCAAGACCCAGUUCUUCACUACCUCCAUCGCCCAGGCCCAGAAACCCACUGGAGCCCAGCAGAUCCAGGUGGCUAAGCUACCACAGAUAGUGCAGCAGCAAACUGCUGUGGCCAACAUUCAACAGAUAGUGUCAUCUUCGCAGCAGAUCCAGGCCCAAACACAGACAGUGGCCCUGACCCAGGCUGCCACGUCGGCCCCAGCCCAAGUCCAGAUGAUCCCUGCUGGGACAGCAACAGCCCAGGUGGUCCAGCAGAAGAUCAUCCAGCAGCAGGUGGUGACUGCAGCUGCCUCACCCCAGAUCCAGACUCCUCCUCCCCACAGCCCUGCCCAGCAGCCUGCUGUGCUCCCUGCUGCUGAGUCCCCAGUGCAACAGCCUGCUCAGACCCAGCAGGCUACCAAGGGACAGGCUCGCCAGGGUGGCAUGAGGGCCAAAGCUCCCACCAAACCCACUGGAGGAAGCAGCUAGGAGCAAUAUAGUGACAAACUGGCACAGACUGUGUGGCAAGCAGCACACUGCUCCCUCACUAUACUCGAAAGGAACUCUGAAGGGUCUUUAUGCAGUACAGAUGUGGCUGCACUCAGUCAGCUCUGUUACUUCUGAUCACUGCUUGUCUGUGGAAAUGAGGAAUGUUCCUUGAAGAUUAUCAAAAUCUUACUCGUUUUUCCCCCCACCUGUAUCUCAGAUAUACUGCGCUAUACAACUUAAUAACAUCAAAAAGAGGUGGUCUUCACAUUGAUGAAUAUUAUGAUGUUAUUCCAUAAAUAUCCUGUUGCUGGGACCUAUGGAUGAUGUCACCAUGGGGGGAUCGUGUCUAUUAGAUUAAGUGUAUUCAUAGUUUUAUGAUGUCUGUAAUUCCCUGGUUGUUUAUAGCUAUUGAAUGGAAAAUAAUGCACGUUCGUUUAGUCAUCAUUUAUGGGUUUUUUAUUGUAACAAAUACUCUGUAAACAUGUACUUUAGUAUUUUGUGUUUUCUCAUAAUUUUUUUUAUUGAUGUUAAAGAAAAAAACUGUAAAUAACAGAAAACAUUUGUACUUGUAAAGUAGUUGUGUUUUCAUUCGAUUUUUUCAGCCUAAUUGUAAUAAAAGUGUUUUGUUUUUAUACACAAUUUCCUUUUCAUCAUUCA